UGCCAGGUGUGUCCUGCUGAGGAGGAGCCAGUGGAGGCAUCAGAGAGUGCCCCUCAGUCAGAGCCCAGAGAGGCUAUAUCACCCGACGUUGAACCAGAGCCCCAGGAGGAGCCAGAGCCCCAGAGGGCCUCUCCAUCCCCUCCUUCAAGCCCAGAGCCAGAGACAUUCAAGACAGCAGAGCCUGAACCUAAACCAGAGGCCCAGGACGCCAAAGUAGCACCUGAACCGGUGACCCAACAACCACAGAAGGCAGAGGACAGCAACAAACCUGACACCUCUACCAAGGUAAUGUCACAGCUAUGGUUUUCGUCAUAACGCAUAUGGAAAAAAGAAUCUUGUAUGGCAGAAGUAGAUUAUUUGUUCAAAAAUCUAAUAAGAAUCAGAUAAGAUACAAAUAAAUGAUUUGUACAUGUAUCUUCUAUAUCAAUAUUGAAAUUGUGUAUGUUUGGCCUUGUAUGACAAACACAAUCGAAUACAUGAAAGUGGCCACUUUCCUACAUGGACAUUGUAUGAUAUACACUACCGGUCAAAAGUUUUAGAACACCUACUCAUUCAAGGGUUUUUCUUUAUUUUUACUAUUUUCUACAUUGUAGAAUAAUAGUGAAGACAUCAACACUAUGAAAUAACACAUAUGGAAUCAUGUAGUAACCAAAACAUUUUUCAACAAAUCAAAAUAUAUUUUAUAUUUGAGAUUCUUCAAAUAGCCACCCUUUGCCUUGAUGACAGCUUUGCACACUCUUGGCAUUCUCUCAACCAGCUUCAUGAGGUAGUCACCUGGAAUGCAUUUCAAUUAACAGGUGUGCCUUCUUAAAAGUUAAUUUGUGGAAUUUAUUUCCUUCUUAAUGCGUUUGAGCCAAUCAUUUGUGUUGUGACAAGGUAGGGGGGGGGGUAUACAGAAGAUAGCCCUAUUUGGUAAAAGAUCAAGUCCAUAUUAUGGCAAGAACAGCUCAAAUAAGCAAAGAGAAACAACAGUCCAUCAUUACUUUAAGACAUGAAGGUCAGUCAAUACAGAACAUUUCCAGAACUUUUAAAGUUUCUUCAAGUGCAGUCGCAGAAACCAUCAAGUACUAUGAUGAAACUUGCUCUCAUGAGGACCACCACAGGAAUGAAAGACCCAGAGUUACCUCUGCUGCAGAGGACAAGUUCAUUAGAGUUACCAGCCUCAGAAAUUGCAGCCCAAAUAAAUGCUUCACAGAGUUCAAGUAACAGACACAUCUCAACAUCAACUGUUCAGAGGAGACUGUGUGAAUUAGGCCUUCAUGGUCGGAAUGCUGCAAAGAAACCACUACUAAAGGCCACCAAUAAAAAAACAAGUAUUUGAUACACUGCCGAUUUUGCAGGUUUUCCUACUUACAAAGCAUGUAGAGGUCUGUAAUUUUUAUCAUAGGUACACUUCAACUGUGAGAGACGGAAUCUAAAACAAAAAUCCAGAAAAUCACAUUGUAUGAUUUUUAAGUAAUUAAUUUGCAUUUUAUUGCAUGACAUAAGUAUUUGAUACAUCAGAAAAGCAGAACUUAAUAUUUGGUACAGAAACCUUUGUUUGCAAUUACAGAGAUCAUACGUUUCCUGUAGGUCUUGACCAGGUUUGCACACACUGCAGCAGGGAUUUUGGCCCACUCCUCCAUACAGACCUUCUCCAGAUCCUUCAGGUUUCGGGGCUGUCGCUGGGCAAUACGGACUAUCAGCUCCCUCCAAAGAUUUUCUAUUGGGUUCAGGUCUGGAGACUGGCUAGGCCAAUCCAGGACCUUGAGAUGCUUCUUACGGAGCCACUCCUUAGUUGCCCUGGCUGUGUGUUUCAGGUCGUUGUCAUGCUGGAAGACCCAGCCACGACCCAUCUUCAAUGCUCUUACUGAGGGAAGGAGGUUGUUGGCCAAGAUCUCGCGAUACAUGGCCCCAUCCAUCCUCCCCUCAAUACGGUGCAGUCGUCCUGUCCCCUUUGCAGAAAAGCAUCCCCAAAGAAUGAUGUUUCCACCUCCAUGCUUCACGGUUGGGAUGGUGUUCUUGGGGUUGUACUCAUCCUUCUUCUUCCUCCAAACACGUUGGCGCAAUUAUUAGAAAAUGGAAGAAGUUCAAGAUGAUGGUCAAUCUCCCUCGGCUUGGGGCUCCAUGCAAGAUCUCACCUCGUGGAGUUGCAAUGAUCAUGAGAACGGUGAGGAAUCAGCCCAGAACUACACGGGAGGAUCUUGUCAAUGAUCUCAAGGCAGCUGGGACCAUAGUCACCAAGAAAACAAUUGGUAAGACACUAUGCCGUGAAGGACUGAAAUCCUGCAGCGCCCGCAACGUUCCCCUGCUCAAGAAAGCACAUAUACAGGGCCGUCUGAUGUUUGCCAAUGAACAUCUGAAUGAUUCAGAGGAGAACUGGGUGAAAGUGUUGUGGUCAGAUGAGACCAAAAUCGAGCUCUUUGGCAUCAACUCAACUCGCUGUGUUUGGAGGAGGAGGAAUGCUGCCUAUGACCCCAAGAACACCAUCCCCACCGUCAAACAUGGAGGUGGAAACAUUAUGCUUUGGGGGUGUUUUUCUGCUAAGGGGACAGGACAACUUCACCGCAUCAAAGGGACGAUGGACGGGGCCUUGUACCGUCAAAUCUUGGGUGAGAACCUCCUUCCCUCAGCCAGGGCAUUGGAAAUGGGUUGUGGAUGGGUAUUCCAGCAUGACAAUGACCCAAAACGUACGGCCAAGGCAACAAAAGAGUUGCUCAAGAAGAAGCACAUUAAGUUCCUGGAGUGGCCUAGCCAGUCUCCAGACCUUAAUCCCAUAGAAAAUCUGUGGAGGGAGCUGAAGGUUCGAGUUGCCAAACGUCAGCCUCAAAAUCUUAAUGACUUGGAGAAGAUCUGCAAAGAGGAGUGAGACAAAAUCCCUCCUGAGAUGUGUGCAAACCUGAUGGCCAACUACAAGAAACGUCUGACCUCUGUGAUUGCCAACAAGGGUUUUGCCACCAAGUACUAAGUCAUGUUUUGCGGAGGGGUCAAAUACUUAUUUCCCUCAUUAAAAUGCAAAUCAAUUUAUAACAUUUUUGACAUGCGUUAUUCUGGAUUUUGUUGUUGUUAUUCUGUCUCUCACGGUUCAAAUAAACCUAACAUUAAAAUUAUAGACUGAUAAUUUCUUUGUCAGUGGGCAAACGUACAAAAUCAGCAGGGGAUCAAAUACUUUUUUCCCUCACUGUACAUACUAUAUACAUUUUAUGGACACAGUCAAUUCUACAAUAAUUCUAUUUUGUUUGUUUUUACUCCUGUGCUCUUUCACAAAAGCUCUCAACCUAUAACCUAUAUACUUAUUAUGGACACAGUAUGCUUUACAUUAGUUAUCUUGUUGUUAGUUGUUAUUAGUCCCAUCCUUCAACUCCAUUCAACACCUCCCAUCUAUCUGUUAACACCAUCCAUAUUGGAUUUCUAUUUGCCAUAUAUUUUUGAACUGUACUGUGAUGUUUUACAAAAAUUCUGAACCCUUCUAUUCUCAUUGUUUCUACAGAUUGUAAAUUGAAAAUAAACAUUUUUGCUAAAAGUAUUAUUAUAUUAUUGAUCGAUUGACUAUGACUUUUCAGAUCACCCAGUAGUGCUAUCUGCAGGGUUAGCUCCAGUUAAAUAUUGCAAUCCUUUAGCCAUUCCUGGACCUGUGUCCAAAAACAAGCUACAAAUGGACAGUACCGAAACAAGUGAUCUAAUGAUUCUGUCUCUUCGCAGCAAAAUCUGCAGAGCUGGGAAGAUUGUAUACCCCAUAUAAAUAACAUUCUAUUGGUAGCAAGAAUUUUGUAUAAUAAUUUAAAUUGAAAAGUUAUAAGUUUUGAAUCCGCCGUCGUUUUGUGUAUCAGUUCAUAAACACUAUGCCAUGGAAUCGGUACGUCAAAAAUCUCUUCCCAACUAUUUUGCAAUCUAUAUGGGACGGCUGUCAAUCAUUUGGUCCUUAAAUGAAACUGGUAUACUUUUUUAUUUAUCACAAUUUUCUUUAACCAAUUAUGUUCUUUAAUGCAGGGCCGACAGACAAGUUCCUUACAUUUUCCCACUUCCACUUUCCCUUUCCAUUUUUGCGGUAAUGCUGCAAUUAUUUCCAUAUGUUUUUGUUAGCUGCAUGUGCGACAUAACUCCACCAGUCCUACCUAUGAUAUCAUUUACGAAGAUUAUACCUUUUUUUUUAUUUUAUUCAAAAAGUAAUGUUUUUUUUUUAUCAAUUAGUGUAUUUGAGUUUAACCACAAUAUUUGUUGCAUUAUUUGUUCUGUCGUUUCUGGAGGAUUAAAUGGAAAUUGCAACCAAUUUUCUAUGGCUUUUUUUAGAAAUAGUGAUAUUUGGGAGAUUAUUUACUUUUCAAAUAACUGAAAGUGAGAGGUUGUAAUCUGAAUAAAGGAAAAAAGGCCAUUCUUGAACAUUGGGUGAGACAAUCUUACUAAUUUGCUAGAGAACCAGUUCGGAUUUAAGUAUAACUUUUGUAUGACUGAUGUUUUUAGUGAUAGGUCUAAUGCUUUAAUAUUUAAUAAUUUCUGUCCUCCGAAUUCAUAUUUAUUAUAUAAAUAGGCCCUUCUAAUUUUGUCUGGCUUGCCGUUCCAAAUAAAAUGGAAUAUUUUUUUCUCAUAUAAUUUAAAAAACUGUUCGCUAGGCGUAGGCAAGACCAUUAGCAAAUAGAUAAACUAGGAUAAUACUAAAGAGUUAAUCAGGGUGAUUUUUCCACAAAUUGACAGGGACAGUAUUUACCUUUCCAUGGUAGCAAGAUCUUAUCUAUUUAAUUUUUUUCUAUUAACAUUUAUUGGAGUGAGAUCAUUUAUUUCAUUUGGGAUAUGUAUUCCGAGUAUAUCCACAUCACCAUCAGACCAUUUUAUUGGUAAACUACAUGGUAAUGUAAAAAUUGUAUUUUUUAGUGAUCCAAUACGUAAUAUAGUACAUUUAUCAUAAUUUGGUUGUAAUCCAGAGAGGUUAGAAAAUGUAUCUAGAGCCUCUAUGAGGCUGUGGAGGGAUUCAAGUUGUGGAUUUAAAAGAAAACAUGAAUCAUCAGCGUACAAUGACACCUUUGUUUUUAAACCCUGGAUUUCUAAUCCCUUGAUAUUGUUGUUGGAUCUGAUUUUAAUAGCUAACAUUUCGAUGGCCAUAAUAAAUAGAUAUGCUGAUAGUGGAUAACCUUGUUUCACUCCUCUUGACAGUUUAAAACUUUCGGAGAAAUAGCCAUUAUUUACUAUUUUACACCUAGGGUUACUAUACAUGAUUUUAACCCAUUUUAUAAGAGAUUCUCCAAAAUUGAAAUGCUCCAGGCAUUUAUAUAUAAACCCCAGUAGUACUUUAUCAAAUGCCUUUUCAAAGUCUGCAAUGAAUAGCAGGCCUGGUUUCCCAGAUUUUUCAUAGUGUUCUAUUGCUUCCAGUACUUGCCUUAUAUUAUCUCCAAUGUAUCGUCCAUGUAAAGAACCUGUCUGAUUAGAAUGAAUAAUGUCCGACAAUAUCUUUUUAAUUCUAUGCGAUAUACAUUUUGCUAGAAUUUUUGCAUCACAACACUGAAGCGUAAGGGGCCUCCAAUGGUUUUAAUGGACUGGAUCUUUAUAUUUUCCACUUGUAUCCUGUUUCAGUAAUAAUGAAAUCAGACCUUCUUAUUGAGUGUCUGAUAAUCUACCAUUUACAUAGGAGUGGUUAAAACAUGCUAAUAACGGUCCUCUGAAUAUAUCAAAAAAGGUUUGGUAUACCUCGACUGGUAUGCCAUCCAACCCUGGAGUUUUCCCGGACUUAAAGUCUUUAAUUGCAUCCAGAAGUUCCUCCUCUGUAAUUUCACUUUCACAAUAGUCUUUCUGUAUGGCUGUUAAUUUUACAUUAUCAAUAGAAAAAAAAUCUCUACAAUUAGCUUCAGUUAGAGGAGAUGGAGGCGACUGAAACGAAAACAUUUGCUUAAAGUACUUUGCUUCUUCCUUCAAAAUAUAAUUUGGUGAAUCAUGGGUGACUCCGUCAUUUGUAACCAGUUUCAGUAAAUUCCUUUUGGUAGCAUUUCUAUGUUGAAGAUUAAAAAAUAAUUUGGUGCAUUUUUCCCCAUAUUCCAUCCAGUUUGCUUUAUUUUAAUAAUAUAUUACACUUGAUCUUUCUUGAAUAAGUUUCUCAAUUUCUUUUUCUUUUUCCUCUAAUUUAUUCUGAGCCUCUAUGUUACAGUUUUUAUUACUAUCUAUCUGUUCUGUUAGACCUUCUAUUUCCUUUGUUAGUAUGGACUCUUUUGACGUAAAUUGGUUUUGUUUUCGAGAUGAAUACUGAAUUGCAUGGCCUCUAAAGGCACAUUUAAAAGUGUCCCAUACAAUAAGGGGAUUUGCUGUACCUAUGUUAUGUCGUAAAUAUCAGUUAUAAAUUCCUCUGUCCUAGUUAAAAACAAGUUAUCAUCCAAUAAGCUUUGAUUAAAUCUCCAAUAUCCUUGCCCACGUGGAAAUUCAGUAAGAGUAAAGAAGAAGAGACUUGCUUUGCCAAGAAACACGACCAAUGGACAUUAGACCGGUGGAAAUGUGUCCUUUGGUAUGGAGUCCAAAUUGGAGAUUUUUGGUUCCAACCGCCGUGUCUUUGUGAGACGCGGUGUGGGUGAACAGAUGAUCUCCGCAUGUGUAUUUCCCACCGUAAAGCAUGGAGGAGGAGGUGUUAUGGUGUCGGGGUGCUUUACUGGUGACACUGUCUGUGAUUUAUUUCUAAAUCUAGGCACACUUAACCAGCAUGACUACCACAGCAUUCUGCAGCGAUACGCCAUCCCAUCUGGUUUGGGCUUAGUGGGACUAUCAUUUGUUUUUCAACAGGACAAUGACCCAACACACCUACAGGCUGUGUAAGGCCUAUUUGACCAAGAAGGAGAGUGAUGGAGUGCAGCAUCAGAUGACCUGGCCUCCACAAUCCCCCGACCUCAACCCAAUUGAGAUGGUUUGGGAUGAGUCAAGGCAAAGGGUGGCUAUUUGAAGAAUCUCAAAUAUAAAAUAUAUUUUGAUUUGUUUAACACUUUUUUGGUUACUACAUGAUUCCAUAUGUGUAAUUUCAUAGUUUUGAUGUCUUCACUAUUAUUCUACAAUGUAGAAAAUAGUAAAAAUAAAGAAAAACCCUUGAAUGAGUAGGUGUUCUAAAACUUUUGACCGGUAGUGUAUAUGUUACAAAAUAUAUGAAUAUGAGUCGUCUAUGAAUAUUAUAAGAAAAGUGUAUGUUUUGACAUGUAACCUCUAAAAAUAAAUGCUUUUCUUAUUUUUUUUAAACAUGACAAUUACUGUAAGAAAAAUACAAUAUAAAUGCUGGGCUCCUAUUGGACAGUUGAUUUAUUGUAUCUACAGCUAUGCCUUUGGUCUCCCAUCCAGGGUUUUAACCAAGCCCAGCCCUGCUUGUCUUUGAUAUUUGUCACUGACUACUACCAAUGUGCUAUCGUGAGAAUGAUUGUUGAGCGAUCUCCACUUAAUAACUAAAUAGAUUCACUGCUGCUAUCAAAGUCAUUCCUCCUCCUCCUGUCUUCCUGCUGUCCUCCUGUCCUCCUCCUGUCCUCCCCUCUUUCUCCUCUUCUCCUCCUCUUUCUGCUUUCCCCCUUCCUCCUCCUGCUCCUCCUCGCGGCAGACUUUGCUUCUUUCUUCAAUAUGUGUGGAAAAACCUGCCGUUCUUGAGCAAGGCAGUUGACCCCCAACAACAACUGCUCCCAGUGCGCCGAUGACGUUGAUUAAGGCAGCCCCCCGCAUCUCUCUGAUUCAGAGGGGUUGGGUUAAAUGCAGAAAACACAUUUCGGUUGAAUAGGUUCAGUUUUGCAACUGACUAGUAUCCCCCUUCCCUGUUUACAGCAAUACAAGCAACAUUUCAGUUAUGUCUAAAUGUUACCCACCCACAUAAGUCAGAUAUUACAAGAAUCUUCUAUGAAUAUUGUAUGUGUAUUUGCUGCCAUAUGCAUUACUUACAAGUUCCAGGUAGAACAUAUAAGAAUCGUGUUAGGUUCUUCUAUAUCUUUUCCAUAUGGGAAGACUCAACAUUUAGCUGUCUCUCCUGAGGCUUGUGCAGCUGUGGUAACUACCUGUCACUAAAUGCUAUUCCCUGCUGUUGUUCUGUCACUCAUGGCUGUUCCUGUUCCUCUGCUGCUUCUCUGUCUCUGCAGGAGGAGGGGGAGACUGUAGAGGAGGGCGACUGUGGUGGUAAGUAUUUGGUCAUUAUAAUACGAUUGUGUUUAUGUUUGAAAGGGGAAUAUUGUAAUCACAUUUGAAUGCGUAUCUUCUAUCUUGGUUUGUAACUUGCAAGUCCCAUGAUGGACCUGGCUAAUCCUUUCUCUUCGGAGAAUGCAGUGACCACCACUUGUGUGUGUGUGUGUGCCUGCGUUUUGCUUGCGUGCGUGCAUUCAUGCUCUCUCACAGUGCUAUCUGAUGACAGACUGUGACUGAAGAAGCUCCACGUCAGAGUGUUCAUUAGGAUGAGUGUUGUCUCGUGCUGCCUGACUGAUGGUGUUAUGCUCUCCUCCCAGUCCCUUCCAGCUGCGAUGCAGUAAAGAGCUGUCUCAUGCGUAUUCCCCACGCGCCUGCGUGCCUCAACAGCUUCAAUAACCUGCUGAAAGAGCACAACAUCACCCCUCCUAAACUUCCCCCCAUGCCCCAGCUCCCCACCAACCUCUCCCAGUUCACCUCCCAGGUCACCCAGCUAGUGCCAUCUCUCCCCCCAGAACUCUCCCAAGAGUUCUUCCAGUACACUCGGCCAUUCACCCAAAUGUCCCAGCGUGUCUCCCAACUGCCACAACAGAUCUCUCAACUGCCCCAACAGAUGUCCCAACUGCCCCACCAGCUCCAAGUUCAAAUACCUCAGCAGUUACCUGGUCUACCCACCAACCUACUCCAGCGGUUAUCCAGUUUACCCCAAACCCUGGCCAAUAUUCCCAGCCAGAUAUACAACUUACCUCAGCGAGUGGGACAGUCCUACACCAACGUGCAGAACCGCCUGAACAGCCUUAAGCCCCAGGAUGCCUAAGCAGCAGCAGCAGAACCGGGAUCUGGAGUUGGACCGCCUGGUCCGCCGGGUCCCUCUCCACCACCGCCCUCCAACCCGCACCCCCUCACCGUCCUCCCCCAACAGUACCCUAGAGCUGCCCAACAUGCCCUCCUACCCCCGCCUGCCACCCAUCAGCCUGUCCAGGCAGCUGUCAGGGCUUUCCAACCCCGCCUUCCACAUCGAGGACGACCCCACGUCCGCUCUACCCUCAGGUGAUUCAGCAGCAGCCCACACAGACAUCCUGCCCUGUUCAGUGCUGUGCUGUGCUGUGAUGCUGUGUUGUGAUGCUGUGCUAUGAUGCUGUGGUGUGAUGUGCUUAGAUUUGCUGGGCUAUGUUAUGUUGUGUUGCAGUCAGUUGUUGAUGCUGGCACUGUGUUCUUUGUUGUUGGUUUGCCUGUGACAUGUCUGUUUAGCAUGUUUCUCAGAAAAACCUAGAAGCAUAGAAUCCUGUGGUUCCAAGAAGCUCUUGCUUUAAAAGGUCUGUUUGUUCUCUGUAUGUUUGUUUGUUUGUUAUAUAAUAGUUUCAGCUGUCUGUUUUGUGAUAGGUAAGCCUUCAAGUGGCGCUUGAAGCUCUGACAAAAGAGGAAUAGAGAGUACAUUUUUCAUUUAACAGACACUCUUAUCCAGAGCGACUUACAGGAGCAAUUAGGGUUAAGUGCCUUGCUCAAGGGCACAUCAACUGAUUUUCCACCUAGUCGGCUUGGUGAUUCAAACCAGCGGUUACUGGCCCAACGCUCUUAACUGUUAGGCUACCUGCCGCCCAGAGUAUGUGACACUUGUAGUGUCCUAUUUUGUGUUGACACUUAGAGCGUCUAAGCUUCUAGUACAGUGUAUUCAAACUUUUUCAGUGGGGACCCCAUUUUUUCAGGCAGAAUUUCUGGGGACCCCAUUUUUUCCCCAAGAAUUUCUCACGACCCCACCCCACCCCAAAUCUAAUGUCACAACCUUAAAAUCGGUACAUUUUGAUUUUUACAUCAACAAAUAAGCCUGGUCUAGUAUAUGUGUAUAGAGUACCACAGUGUACAUAAGCCUCAUUACUAGCUGUGUUCCACCGGGGAACAGUUGAGUCACUCAGUGUGUUCCUGUUGCUUCCCCAGUGAGCUCCAGGCUCAGUGUGCACCCAGCUGUCAAUGUGGAGGAUGUGGAUUCAGGCGGAGAGGGAGGAGGGGGCGGAGGGGAGCACCGCCGCCACCACAUUCCCCAAAUCCUUACCCCACAGGACCCCAACUUCAAGACCCUGACCGUACCCGGAGUGUCCAAAACCAGCCAUCAGAGGUGAGCCCAUACUCCCAAAUUAAAUUGCCUCCACUUGGCAUGAAGAUAUUGUACAAAUAUAUAACCACUAUAAAGCACAUGACUGCUGUCUCUAAUACUACUAUUACUACUGCAAUUUAUUUCCCAACCUCUGAUGAUAUCCUCUAAAUUGGUGUUUUCUUUUUUCCUUCUAUAUUGCUUUGGUCAACAGUAAAGUUGCUGAAAAAGAGUAAGAAUGGAGAAUGUCUAUAAAAUACAGUACAUCUUAGCUUAUAGACUGUAUUUGUAUUCUAUUUUGUUGAUCGAUAGCUCCCCCCCACUCCCAACCUCUUUAGACAUGGUGUUUAGUGUCCCUUUACUUCUCCAUCUACUGUCUGUCUCUCAAUAGCAUGUUCAUCUAUGUUUGUAGUCUUUCGUUCUGUUGUUCUGUUCUGCUCUAUGCUGUUUUCUGUUGUUAUGUGUCUGUUCUGUUGUCUGCUACCGCUGUGAGUCAUGUCAAUAGUAAGUGCAGUAAGAGUAUCUUGCGCUAUCUUCAACCUGUCAUCUGGUUGUGUGUUCCGUCUGUGACUAAUUAUACGAAUGCUGUUAGUGAUUGUUGAUGUCAUUGUGAUUCUCUACCUCUCCCAUCUCAUUCUGUUUCUCUCACACACACACACACACACACACACACACACACACACACACACACACACACACACACACACACACACACACACACACACACACACACACACACACACACACACACACACACACUUCUCUGCCCCUGUUGAUGGAACCAUGGACUGACCUAGUGAGAAGAAACCCAGGAAUAUCUGGACCAAUAUGUAAGAUGUGUAAUCAUUGUCACAUCAAGGAUCCAUCCAUCCAUCAACAUUCGUCCCAUCAGAAGUUCACCCUUACUGCAUCCUCACUCCUUCACCCCGUCCUAACCUGUGUGGUUCUCUGUCUUGUUUUUAUACUAUAAAAAUGUGUACUACUUGAAAAGGCUGAUGCUCAAGAUAGUUCAGGGCCUCAUUCAGUGUACAUGUGUGAGUUGUGUUGAAUGUUCAAACAACAUAAUUUCACCAUGUUCCACAUACUGUAUUCCCUAUACUGCCAUUCCCUUCCUGUGUAAACUGUAAUGCCCCAUGGUAAGGCCAAGACUGCAGGGAGCACUCUAAUAACAGAGCAGGUUCCAAAUGAUAGCAACCUUAAUUGUUCCAUCUGUCUCUGUAUCAGGCACUGUGCUACAGUGUUGUUCCCUGCCUCCCCUCCACAGAAAGAAGCUGUACUCUCAGAGUGAGGAGGAUGAAGAGGAGACAGAGACCGCAGUGAGGGCGUGGCCUAGCCAGUCCAGCAUCCCGAGUGGAGACGAUGGGUGAAUACAGAUACCUCCACAUCACCACUGUUAGCUAGCUACAUAUGAAUAUUGCACAAAAUGUGUUGGUCGGUGGGUGUCGACAAUGUGGUCAGAAUGACUGAAAUUCGGACACAAUAAAAGUGCAGAGAUAAAAUGUGUGUGUGGGAGACAUUUUCACUGCUUUUAUUCACACCAACACUAGGACUGUGUGUUGUUAUAUUCACUUCAAAAGAACAUUGAUGUGUGGUUUCAGAGAAAUGUUUGGUGUGUGUGUGUGUGUGUGUGUGUGUUAAUUACCCAUGGAUGUUUUGUGUUUGAAGGCUAAAGGAGCGCCCUGCGUCGUCCGCUAGCCAGACCAGCUACGUGGUGAAUGAGCGCCUACAGGAGCUGGUCAAGAUGUUUAAGGAGAGGACAGAAAGGGCCAAAGAGAAACUCAUAGACCCAGAUCACUCUGAUGAUGACAGUCCCACUGCCUGUGAGUAACACAUAAUACAGUUACACUCAGGUCUGGUCAUGUGCUCAAUGUCCAAUGUACACAUGCCACACAUACAGUUACAAACACACAUGGCUUACAGACAAUGGGCCUGAUUUUGACAAUGCUAGCAACAGUGGAGCAAUAAAAAUUAAACAUUUAAAAAACAAAUACAUCCAAUACUUGCAGUGAAAUCUGCUUAGAAAACUGCACACUAUUAGAAUGCAACACAGUAGAUACAAUUCAGUCCCUUGUGUAUCAGUUGUCUUGAAUUACGAAGCAACCUCAUUCGCUCCAUGGCUAAGAAAGACACCUGUUGUGAAGGGUUACAGUUAGGUGCAAAAACUCAACGUAAAGUUGCUGCCCACUUUUUGGAAGCGAACCACUCUAUUUCGGCCCUUCGCUAUUUCGGCAUCUAAUACGUCACCCUUCCUAGGAGAGGGGGUGACCUUGACAAUUUAUUGUUAAAGCGAGAGGCCGCCUGGAUCUUUAAUUUAAAGACCCUUGCUCCCUUCGGUCUCAACGUAGAGUUUGAUCUGAAGCCAUUCUUGUGAUUGUGUUUUUGCUAUCCAUUGUAAAUAAUGUUUGUAGGCGUAUAUAGCCAAAUUGUAUCUAUGAUCUUAUGUUAACCAUUCAUGCUUUUUAAUAUGUUCUGUUUAUAUCUCUAAAUCAACCAAUGAAAUCAAGCAACAGCUGGCCAUGAUUACAGACACCUGUGUGUGUCCUUUAAAACUAUACUGAACAAAAAUAUAAACGCAACAUGCAACAAUUUGAACGAUUAUACUGAGUUACAGUUCAUAUAAGGAAAUCAGUAAAUGUAAAUAAAUUCAUUAGACCCUAAUCCAUGGAUUUCACAUGACUGAGAAGGGGCACAGCCAUGGGUGGGCCUGGGAGGGCAUAGGCCCACCCACUUGGGAGCAAGGCCCACCCACUGGGGAGCCAGGCCCAGCCAAUCAGAAUGAGUUUUUCCCCACAAAAGGGCUGUAUUACAGACAGAAAUACUCCUCAAUUUCAUCAGCUAUCCGGGUGGCUGGUCUCAGAAGAUCCUGCAGGUGAAGAAGCCGGAAUUGAAGGUCCUGGGCUGGCGUGGUUACACGUGAUCUGCAGUUGUGAGACUGGUUGGACGUACUGCCAAACUCUCUGAAACGACAUUGGAGGCGGCUUAUGGUAGAGAAAUUAACAUUAAAGUAUCUGGCAACAACUCUAGUGGACAUUCCUGCAGUCAGCAUGCCAAUUGCACGCUCCCUCAAAACUUGAGACAUCUGUGGCAUUGUGUUGUGUGACAAAACUGUACAUUUUAGAGUGGCCUUUUAUUGUCCCCAGCUCAAGGUGCACAUGUGUAAUGAUCAUGCUGUUUAAUCAGCUUCUUGAUAUGCCACACCUGUCAGGUGGAUGGAUUAUCUUGGCAAAGGAGAAAUGCUCACUAACAGGGAUGUAAACAAAUGUGUGCACAAAAUUUGAGAGAAAUAAGAUUUCUGUGUGUAUGGAACAUUUCUGGGAUCUUUUAUUUCAGCCCAUGAAACAUGGGACCAACACUUUACAUGUUGCAUUUAUAUUUUUGUUCAGUAUAUAUAAACUAGUGACCCACAGUGUUUGUCAUUAUACCCUGAUGAAGACAUUAUUGCCUCUGAGCUCCUAGAGUGUGAGUCUCUCCUUUUCUUUUUCAAGUGAAGGGUUACAGUACCUUUUAUUUCCAGGUGCAAACGCACAGCCAAACAUAGCAAAGCUCAGACCCUCCGCUCACACACAGGUGAGCUGCAUCAGCACAGCUGUGACCAACGACCUCUUUAACCUGACCUUUCACCUCUGACCUGUGACUCUCCUCUCUGCUCUCUCACCUGCAGCCCCUGCCAGAGCUCCAACACCUCCUCCUCCUGCGCCUCCAGAGGAGCCGAAGGAGGAGGAGAGGGAGAUGGAGGAGCAACAACAGCAACCCAAGUCUAGACUGUGCUGCAAGGUGACGCCUCCUCGCUGGAUCAGAGCCCUGCUGCACUACCGCUUCCCCGCUAGCAUCGACCCCUUCACCAGUGAGCUCCCCCUCCGCCUAGCAUACACUAGCUCCUCCUCUUCUACUCCUCUCGCUUCCUCCUCCCUGCUUCUAUUCUUGUAGUACUCCCUCCUCCUUCUCUACAACUUUUUCUACUCCAACUUUGUCAUCUCCUGAUGGUUGUCACUAGUUACCACAGCCACAAAGUCAACAUUGGCUAAAUCAUAAAAAUUCCUGAAAACAAAAAUGUAGGAUUAGACAUAAGGUUAGCAGUGUGGUUAAGGUUAGGUUUAAAAUCAGAUUUUAAGAAGAUGAAAAUGUAUGCACUCAUUAACUGUGAGUCGCUGUGGAUAAGAGCGUCUGCUAAAUGACUAAAAAUGUAAAAUGUAAAUGUAAGAUAAAUUGUAGUAAUAGGUGGGGUUUAGCCAUAAGUAUGACUUUGUGGCUGUGGUAACUAGUGACGACCUCCUGCUUUGAUCUGAAUGUUAGUUUGGCUUUCAGUGAUCUAAUUUGUUGAUCUUUGUCAUACCUGGUCUUUCUUUUGAUGUAUGGGGAUGAUGCAGUAGGGCUGUACAGCCUUGCAGGGUGUUGACACUGGUUCUCUCUCUAGAUCUGGUCUAUGUGCUGUGGCUGUUUUUCGUCACCUUGGCGUGGAACUGGAACAUGUGGCUUAUCCCGGUGCGCUGGGCCUUCCCCUACCAGACCCCCAGUAACAUCUACCUGUGGCUGCUCACCGACUAUCUGUGUGACCUCAUCUACAUCUUGGACAUCCUGGUCUUCCAGCCCCGUCUGCAGUUUGUCCGCGGUGGAGACAUAGUGGUGAGAUUGAGACCACAAUUGUGAAAUGUCACUAUUUUGACAUAUUCUAAUGAGACCAUGUUGCUAGAACAAGGGGUUAUGUCUCAAAUUGAUUUUCCAGAUACAACACACAUAGAAAUACACGUGUCAAAAUCAUUGAUGUAUGUGUUUUUUUUGUUCCCAUUGCAGUUUGACAAAAAGGACAUGAGAGUGAAUUACAUGAAAACCUUCCGGUUCAAGGUGGGUUUUCACUUGAAAAUGAUUUUGCAGUGUUCACUACUGAAUGACUACUCAGUGGCCUUCUAGUUACAAUGUCCACCCUGAGAUUGGAAGGUUGUGAGUUCAAUCCCUGGCUGAGUCAUACCAAAGACUGUAAAAAUGGGACCUGAUGCGUCUCCGCUUGGCACUCAGCAUUAAGGAGAUAGAUUUGGGGUAAGGCCCUGUGAUAGACUAGUGUCCUGUCCAGGGGGUGUACUUGUACAUCAAGCUGCCUCACGCUACAGAAACAGGCCUGCCUGUCUUGCUCGCACAAGCUAAGGCUCGUGCAUGGCUACUUACUGAAUAGCCUUGAGUAAGAUAAUGUUUUCCAGCCAUGUGAUGCUUACAUUUACAUUUAAGUCAUUUAGCAGACGCUCUUAUCCAGAGCGACUUACAAAUAGGUGCAUUCACCCUAUAGCCAGUGGGUUGUUUGUUUUUUUGGGGGGGGUGGGGCUAGACGGAUUACUUCCUCCUCCUAUCCCAGGUAUUCCUUAAAGAGGUGGGGUUUCAAAUGUCUCCGGAAGGUGGUGAGUGACUCCGCUGUCCUGGCGUCGUGAGGGAGCUUGUUCCACCAUUGGGGUGCCAGAGCAGUGAACAGUUUUGACUGGGCUGAGCGGGAACUAUGCUUCCGCAGAGGAAGGGGAGCCAGCAGGCCAGAGGUGGAUGAACGCAAUGCCCUCGUUUGGGUGUAGGGACUGAUCAGAGCCUGAAGGUACGGAGGUGCCGUUCCCCUCACUGCUCCAUAGGCAAGCACCAUGGUCUUGUAACGGAUGCGAGCUUCAACUGGAAGCCAGUGGAGUGUGCGGAGGAGGGGGGUGACGUGAGAGAACUUGGGAAGGUUGAACACCAGACGGGCUGCGGCAUUCUGGAUGAGUUGUAGGGGUUUAAUGGCACAGGCAGGGAGCCCAGCCAACAGCGAGUUGCAGUAAUCCAGACGGGAGAUGACAAGUGCCUGGAUUAGGACCUGUGCCGCUUCCUGUGUAAGGCAGGGUCGUACUCUCCGAAUGUUGUAGAGCAUGAACCUGCAGGAUCGGGUCACCGCCUUGAUGUUAGCGGAGAACGACAGGGUGUUGUCCAGGGUCACGCCAAGGCUCUUCGCACUCUGGGAGGAGGACACAACGGAGUUGUCAACCGUGAUGGCGAGAUCAUGGAACGGGCAGUCCUUCCCCGGGAGGAAGAGCAGCUCCGUCUUGCCAGGGUUCAGCUUGAGGUGGUGAUCCGUCAUCCAUACUGAUAUGUCGGCCAGACAUGCAGAGAUGCGAUUCGCCACCUGGUUAUCAGAAGGGGGAAAGGAGAAGAUUAGUUGUGUAUCGUCAGCGUAGCAAUGAUAGGAGAGGCCAUGUGAGGAUAUGACAGAGCCAAGUGACUUGGUGUAUAGGGAGAAAAGGAGAGGGCCUAGAACUGAGCCCUGGGGGACACCAGUGGUGAGAGCACGUGGUGCGGAGACAGCUUCUCGCCACGCCACUUGGUAGGAGCGACCGGUCAGGUAGGACGCAAUCCAGGAGUGAGCCGCGCCGGAGAUGCCCAGCUCGGAGAGGGUGGAGAGGAGGAUCUGAUGGUUCACAGUAUCAAAGGCAGCAGACAGGUCUAGAAGGACAAGAGCAGAGGAGAGAGAGUUAGCUUUAGCAGUGCGGAGAGCCUCCGUGACACAGAGAAGAGCAGUCUCAGUUGAAUGACCAGUCCUGAAACCUGACUGGUUUGGAUCAAGAAGGUCAUUCUGAGAGAGAUAGCAAGAGAGUUGGCUAAAGACGGCACGCUCAAUAGUUUUGGAAAGAAAAGAAAGAAGGGAUACUGGUCUGUAGUUGUUGACAUCAGUGGGAUCGAGUGUUGGUUUUUUGAGAAGGGGUGCAACUCUCGCUCUCUUGAAGACGGAAGGGACAUGGCCAGCGGUCAAGGAUGAGUUGAUCAGCGAGGUGAGGUAGGGGAGAAGGUCACCGGAGAUGGUCUGGAGAAGAGAGGAGGGGAUGGGGUCAAGCGGGCAGGUUGUUGGGCGGCCUGCAGUCACUAGUCGCAAGAUUUUAUCUGGAGAGAGAGGGGAGAAAGAAGUCAAAGCAUAGGGUAGGGCAGUGUGAGCAGGACCAGCAGUGUCAUUAGACUUAACAAAUGAGGAUCGGAUGUCGUCAACCUUCUUUUCAAAGUGGUUGACGAAGUCAUCCACAGAGAGGGAGGAGGGGGGGGGGGGGGGGGAGAUUCAGCAGUGAGGAGAAUGUGGCAAAGAGCUUCCUAGGGUUAGAGGCAGAUGCUUGGAAUUUAGAGUGGUAGAAAGUGGCCUUAGCAGCAGAAACAGAUGAAGAAAAUGUAGAGAGGAGGGAGUGAAAAGAUGCCAGGUCGGCAGGGAGUUUAGUUUUCUUCCAUUUCCGCUCAGCUGCCCGGAGCUCUGUUCUGUGAGCUCGCAAUGAGUCAUCAAGCCACGGAGCUGGAGGGGAGGACCGAGCCGGCCGGGAGGAUAGGGGACACAGGGAGUCAAAGGAUGCAGAAAGGGAGGAGAGGAGGGUUGAGGAGGCAGAAUCAGGAGAUUGGAGGGAGAAGGAUUGAGCAGAGGGAAGAGAUGAUAGGAUGGAAGAGGAGAGAGUAGUGGGAGAGAGAGAGAGAGAGCGAAGGUUGCGGCGGCGCGUUACCAUCUGUGUAGGGGCAGAGUGAGUAGUGUUGGAGGAGAGCGAGAGAGAAAAGGAUACAAAGUAGUGGUCAGAGACAUGGAGGGGAGUUGCAGUGAGAUUAGUAGAAGAGCAACAUCUAGUAAAGAUGAAGUCAAGCGUAUUGCCUGCCUUGUGAGUAGGGGGGGACGGUGAGAGGGUGAGGUCAAAAGAGGAGAGGAGUGGAAAGAAGGAGGCAGAGAGAAAUGAGUCAAAUGUAGACGUAGGGAGGUUGAAAUCCCCCAAAACUGUGAAGGGUGAGCCAUCCUCAGGAAAGGAACUUAUCAAGGCGUCAAGCUCAUUGAUGAACUCUCCAAGGGAACCUGGAGGGCGAUAGAUGACAAGGAUAUUAAGCUUAAAUGGGCUAGUGACUGUGACAGCGUGGAAUUCAAAUGAGGAGAUAGACAGAUGGGUUAGGGGAAAAAUUGAGAAUGACCACUUGGGAGAGAUGAGGAUUCCUGUGCCACCACCCCUCUGACCAGAUGCUCUCGGGGUAUGCGAGAACACAUGGUCAGACGAGGAGAGAGCAGUAGGAGUAGCAGUGUUUUCAGUGGUAAUCCAUGUUUCCGUCAGCGCCAGGAAGUCGAGGGACUGGAGGGUAGCAUAGGCUGGGAUGAAGUCAGCCUUGUUGGCGGCAGAACGGCAGUUCCAGAGGCUGCCUGAGACCUGGAACUCCAGGUGUGUGGUGCGUGCAGGGACCACCAGGUUAGAGAGGCAGCAGCCACGCGGUGUGAGGCGUUUGUGUAGCCUGUGCGGAGAGGAGAGAACAGGGAUAGGCAGAGGCAUAGUUGACAGGCUGCAGCAGAUGGCUACAAUAAUGCAGAGGAGAUCGGAAUGAAAUGAACUAAACAUCUGGGAAAGGAGAGAGCAGGCCUCCCUCACCAAAAAAAAUAUAACUCUCCCAACUUCCACCUCAGAAACUAUAAUUGUUUCACUGAACCACCCGAAUAAAACUCUCCCAGCUUCCACUUUAGAAAUUAGAAUUGUUGUAAACUACAGCAGACUGUUAUCAGUAGCUGUAAUUAAGUACAGCAGCUACCAACCACCUAACGUUAAUGCCUCGGAUAAUGAGGUUAGAAAAACAGCUGAAUGGUGGCGGCUAGCUGGCUCAAUCACAGGUACUCUUAAGCAUGAAAUAACAUUGGAAACAACUAACCACAGUUGCUAAAAGUUACCAGUAGCUACCCGCUAGCUAGCUAGCUAGCUUUGUUGGUCCAAGUAGUGGGUAAGCUAGCCUCGUGCUUCGCCGGGGUCCGCCGAAUACAAUACUUACCUACAAUAAUUACCUACAAUAACCUACAAUAACUACCUGAGUAAGCUACCUAUAAUACCUAACUACAAUACCUACCUACAAUCUAAAUACAUGGUUUAAGCUUUACUCAACACCAUAUAAGAAGCCAAGCUUACCUUUCAUAACGCAGCAAUGAUUAAACGUUGGGUAGCUAGCACAAAGAUAUUGUAUUUAGCUACCACAGUACAGCCAGCUGGUAGUGUUGGCUAGCUAGCAAUGGCUGCUGUGUUGACUUUGUUUGAAAAACGGCGUCGCUGCGAACGAAUGGAGCUGGCUAGUUUAUUUGUGUCAGUUUAUGCUGUGUCAGUUUAUUUACAGACCAUGUCUGUGUUGACUGUGUUUCUCUGGGUUUCUCUGGGUUUCUCUGGGUUACAGAUGGAUGUCAUCAGUCUUGUUCCACUGGAGUUGUUCUAUUUUAAAACUGGGAUCAACCCACUCCUCCGCUUCCCACGACUACUAAAGGUAAGGCUCACCUGCCACCUGUGUGGUCUACCUGGGUUGAUUGUGAUAUAGAGCUGAGAUGAUGAACUGAAAAUUAUCGGCAACAACCAUACUGAUCACUUAUCGCAGGCAUUUUGCCGAUAUCGUUCAUUACGAUAAGUAGCCUAUACUAGAAAAAGUUUGAAAUGAAAUAAGUUCACUAAUAUGGGUGAUUGUUAAUGGGUACAAUUGAUGGCUACAACUAGUAGUAGUAGUUUAAAGGAUAAUACAAAUAACUUAUGCACUUUAAUGUUAUAAACGUAUUUUCAUUAUCGUAUCAAUUCAGGCAAUUUAUUGCGAUAUGGAUUUUUGUCCAUAUCUCCGAGCUCUACUGUGAAACAUACAAUCAUGUUAUUCACACUGCAAUGAAAAUAUGUCAUCUUUCCUCCAUUCUCCAGAUAAUGUCUUUCUUUGAGUUCAAUGACCGUCUUGAGGGCAUCCUGACCAAAGCCUACGUUUACAGGUGAGCACAAUCAACUUGUUCAAUUUUUUGUACAGUAUUUUAUCUGCAUCACCAUGCUCAGGUCACAAUGAAUAGGAUUAUAUGGACAGGGGGACCUGAUCCUAGAUAAGCACUCCUAUUCUGAGACUCAGGCCCUGGUCUUUCUGAGAGACGUGAGGGGCAGCUCAGUAUGUAUAUCCCACUCUCUCCUUCUGUGUGGUUUGAUCAGAGUGAUCCGGACCACCACCUACCUGCUGUACUGCCUGCACUGUAACGCCUGUCUGUACUACUGGGGCUCUGCGUAUGAAGGUCUGGGCUCCACGCAGUGGGUCUAUGACGGACAGGGCAACAGGUGUGAGGAUUCACCUUCAUUAACCUGAUAAUCAUCAAUAUCAUCAUAAUCAUACCUUCACACUAUCAUAAUUGAAUUGUCCCUGUAAUCAUGUUUUUCAGUUACAUCCGCUGCUACUACUUUGCUGUGAAGACCCUAAUCACCAUUGGUGGGCUGCCAGACCCCACAACGCUCUUUGAAAUCAUCUUUCAGCUCAUCAACUACUUUGUUGGAGUGUUUGCCUUUUCCAUCAUGAUUGGACAGGUUGGUUACCACAUCACCAAUAGCUGUGUUUGAGAGAGUGUAGAAUGUAAAAUAUGAUAGUGUGUUUAUGGAUGAAAUAUCUAGAUGUGUUGAUAUUUGUUGAUUGAUAGGACUACUACUUGUUAUCUAGCUCUGAAUCCUUAUCUGAACAUUUGUGCUAUUAUAAGCUAAUUAUACUGUUGGCUGUUGUGAUUGGUGUCAACUCCUGAUUGGCCAAUGACCGUCUCUUGCAGAUGAGAGACGUGGUUGGUGCAGCCACAGCAGGACAGACGUACUACAGAGCAUGCAUGGACAACACUGUCAAAUACAUGGCCUCCUACCGUAUCCCUAAAGACGUGCAGAACCGGGUCAAAACCUGGUACAACUACACCUGGCAGUCCCAGGGCAUGCUGGGUAGGCACAUGUCAUUUUGUGCUGUGUAGUGUUGUUGUGUUGUGUUGCAUUUUGUUGCAUUGUGUUGUGUUUACUCUCUAUUUGUGUCUGUCUCUAUACAGAUGAACAGGAGCUUCUGGUCCAGCUCCCAGACAAGAUGAGGCUGGACAUCGCUGUGGAUGUCAACUAUGACAUUGUCAGUAAAGUGUCUCUCUUCCAGGUGCGUAAGUCUUAGGGCCUCUUCAGGCUGUCUCAGCCCACAGAAGAUUUGACGAGCUCUAUCUCUCUGUAUUUCUCACUCAGCCCUACUUCUCCCUCUCAGGGUUGCGAUAGACAGAUGAUCUUUGACAUGCUGAAGAGACUGAGGUCUGUUGUUUACCUCCCAGGGGACUAUGUCUGCAAAAAGGUAAAGGGUAAAGCAAGAUGCGGUAGCUGUGCCACCUCUCUAGCUUGUUUGUGUCUGCGUGUGUGCAUACGUGUGUGUGCGAGCGUGCUUCUCUGUUUGAAUAUAUUUAAUGUGCAGUUUGUAUGCACUCUGCGCCUUCUUUGUGUAAGGUAAACUGUUAAGAGCAGGAGAUGUCCAGUUGUCUGACUGUCGCUCUGUGUUUCAGGGCGAGGUUGGACGGGAAAUGUACAUCAUCAAGGCCGGGGAGGUGCAGGUGGUGGGCGGGCCAGACGGGAAGACUGUGUUUGUCACGCUGAGGGCGGGGUCAGUGUUUGGGGAAAUCAGGUGAGGUCAGGUCUGACGUAUGCUCUUUGUUUCACAGAAGCAAGCACACAUUUUCUUCAGGAAAUGUACUUUUUCUAGUUGGAUUUCUUCUCUUUGGGUUGAAAGCUUGCUGGCAGUGGGUGGAGGGAACAGGAGAACAGCGAACGUGGUGGCUCAUGGCUUCGCCAACCUGUUCAUCCUGGACAAGAAGGACCUCAAUGAGAUUCUAGUGCAUUACCCCGAGUCCCAGAAGCUGCUCCGCAAGAAGGCCAGGUUAGAGAGGGGAAUAAAGACUACUAUUAAUUUCUGGGUGUCUCGAAGUUCACCAUUUUUAGAGUGUAUAAGAAUUUGUGAUUAUUUGAUGUUUCCGGCAACAGGAAGAUGCUCACGAAAGACAAGAAGCCUCCAGAGCCUCCGAAGGAGCCGGCCCAGGUGAUCCCUCCUCGAACGGUGACGCCCAAGCUACUCAAAGCUGCUCUGGAGAUGGCGCAUCAGAAAACAGGCCUCAAAGGGACCCUCACCAAGUUUAAGGAGAAGAUCAACAAAUCCAGCGUUUCUCUACAGGUAUGGCAUUUGCUGUACAAAAACACCCACAUUAUCUACACACAAACAGUGAGCUAACCUCCCCGUUUUCCCACAGCCCUCCUCCCCUCCCCUGUCCCCAGUCUCCAGUCUGGACCCAGAGCUCGAGGCUAACGCCAUGUCACCAACCUUAGACAGCUCCACACUGCUCCACCCCGUCUCCCAUUGUCACCGAGAUGAGACACUCUCCAGGGAGCAGGACCAAGUGGAGGGAGAAGAGGCAGGAGAAAGUGGGAAGAGGAAGGAAAAGAGAAAGCCA